AGGAACCGGUAUCGCCGGUAUGAAAUAAUUGCUGAUCUUUUCUCCUUGUCAUUCCAGAUUUUCAAGUCUCUUGGAGGAGGUAGAGAAAUCUCAUCAUCAUCAAUCUCCGGAUCCCCUUCCAAUUCGUAUCGUCUCUUCUUCAUAGUUUAUUGGGUCAUUGGGGAUUCAUCAGUUGAGGAUGGCUAACAAAGAGGAUCAUGAGGAACAUCCUCCUCGUGGGAAUGAAUGGGAAGUCGUUUCGCUUACUUCAUCAGCUUACGCCGCUGCUCCUGGUCCGUAUAACGUUGAAUCAAGAGAUGUUCGGAAGUAUGAUUCUUACUAUGGAGCAGAAACCUCACGUGACCUGUACAUGUCUGAACACUUUGUAUUCCCACCUAGCGAGCAUGAGGAUUUACCCAUUGAUGAACAUUUAUUCGAGACGGAACAAGGAAAGGAUGGCCAAGAUUUGAUGCUGCAAGGUCAGGAAGAGUUUCAUUAUGAAGCUGGAGACAACCAACAGAGUAUCUAUGGUGAAUCUGUGCUUGGCUCGUCUAGACACAUGGAGUCAGUUGGAAGUGAAUCAGCCAUGUACGAACAUGGGUUACUUGAUGCUGAGCCAAAUGAGUACGCAGAGGGAAACUUUGAUCCCCAUUCUGAUGUCGAGGGCGAUAAAGAUGCCGAAAAAUCAACAAACAACCUUCCUUGUGAAGCUUGGUGGAGAAGGAGAGCUAUUUCUAUGUAUUCACGCACAAGAGACGCAAAUACGAUAUGGUCCUUAUUCUUCGCCGCUGCGGUCACAGGACUCGUAGUACUUGGUCAACGCUGGCAACAAGAGAGGUGGCAGGUUUUGCAACUCAAGUGGCAAUCAAGCAUCAGUAGUGAGAAGCUGGGCAGACUACUCGAACCUCUCUCUCGCUUGAAAGAUGUGAUAGUGAGAAGUAACCCACAAGCUUCUCUCGUAAGGAGUGGCCCCUCCAGUGAAAUAUAGAGACGAAGUAUGAUAAACUCAAAAGAGACAAAAAAAGAAAAAGAGGCCAAUGUACCAAUUGUUGCUUGGACAAUCUCACAAGAGCAUAUAGGUAAAGUACAAACUUGGUCUUGAGCUCCAUAUGUGUUGCUGAUUGUGAAAAGCAUUUUGCUUUCUUGGUGAGAGCCUAUGUUGCCUCGUUAUCUUGUAUGAUUAGAAUGGAGAUCGAAUUUGCCUCUUCUUACAAAGCUUUUUCACUUUAGGGCUUGUGAUAGUGUGGGAAGGUGAAAAUAUAUACACAUACAUAUGCACUUUUUAUGUUUUCGGUUGUUGUUUUGGUAAUUGUCCAUUUUAUUCACAUCCAUUGUAUGAAUUACUAUAAGAGGGCAGAUAUAAUGUGAUUAACACAUUACGUUCUGGUUUGCA